GACAAAACGAUGAGGGAGAAAGAGAGAUGGAGAGAGAGAGAGACCACAGGUGAGGACGCAAGCGUUGGCAGACAGUCAAGCCUACAGCUGAUGCUAUACAUUUUCAGCACUAUAGACAGUUCCAUUCUGCAGCGCGAGCAGACAGAGGGGGUAUAAAAAGGUAGGAGCCGAGCUGCUUAGCCUGCACACUAACACUGCUUAGUUUACUGAGGCAAUAUGAGCCACAGAAUGGACUAUCAUUUGGGUUCUCCACAUAGGGGAGCUCAGGCUGAGUAUUCCUGCUAUCAACCCAAACUGACCGGAUCCCCCUCUGCAUCCAGGACCGUUGGCUUUGAGUCGACUACCACAUACACGAACAGAGGAUAUGCAACGACACUGAAGAGCGAAUUCGGAUCUGUUCCGAGAUCAUCAGAGAGCCUUUUCAAUUUAUCAAACCCAUUUACCGAGGUCUUGACAAAAAUGAAUGAGAAAGAACAGCUCCAUGGGCUGAACGACCGUUUUGCAGGAUUCAUAGAGAAGGUGCGUCAUUUGGAGCAUGAAAAUGAAUUGUUUGAGAGGGAAAUCGAGGAAAUCAAACUAAAGGCACAGUCCCCUGCGUCUCUGGCCCAGGAGCACGAGCCGGAGCUUAUGGACCUGAGGAACCUAGUUCAUGACAUCACCCUUCAGAAGCGUCAGAUGGAGAUAGAGCAUCAGAACCUGGAGGAAGAUUUCCUCACCUUGAGAGACAAGUAUGAGCAGGAGGCACGUGACCGCUUGAACGCAGAGAACGGCAUCCUUGUGCUGAAAAAGGACGCCAACGAUGCAUACCUCGCCAAACUUCAGUUGGACAAGAAAGCGCAGUCUCUGGUGGACGAGAUCCACUUCCUGAAGAAGAACCAUGAGGACGAGAUAUCAGAAAUGGUGGCCCAGAUCCAAGAGGCUCAAGUAACGGUCAAGACGCACGACUUUGGCAAACCUGACAUCACAGAGGCUCUCCGGGACAUCCGUGUGCAGUUAGAAGGUCACGCUACUUCCGACAUUCAGCAGGCCGAGGAGGGCUUCCGUGUCCAGUUCGCAAAGUUAACCAAAGCAGCAGAAAGUAACAGAGAGGCGUUGAAGGCAACCCAGCAGGAGAUCCAGGAGAAUAGAAGGCACCUGCAGGGGAAGACAAUUGAACUGGACUGUGGGAAAGGAAUGAGAGAGGCCCUGGAAAAACAACUACAAGAGCUGGAGGAGCGUCACUAUGCAGAAUUGAUUCAUUACCAGGACACUAUCAGGCAUCUGGAGAAUGAGCUGACCAAUGCUAAACUAGACAUGUCUGGCUACCUGAGAGAGAACCAGGACCUGCUGAAUGUCAAAAUGGCUUUGGAUGUGGAGAUUCUCUCUUACAGGAAACUCCUGGAGGGUGAGGAGUCCCAUCUGUACACCAUCUCUGACACCCACAUGUCCAUGCCCUGCAUCUACCGCCAGUCCCCCGUCUACACCCUGCCUUGCCUGGCCCGGCAGGGAGGUCCCACACGCAGGUCUGAACCCCAGUACAAGUUUGUUGAGGAGAUCAUCACUGAGACCACCAGAGACAUGGAGAUGUCCGAGAUCGAGGAGACAGGCUCCGAGGAGAUGGUCGGGGGAGAGGGAGACGAGUUGAGACAGAAGCAGGGAGAAGAGAGUGACAAAGCUGAGAGGAGGAGUGGGGAACAGGUGGAUGAGCAGAAAGAGAAAGCUAGAGGUAAAGUGGAUGUUGAUGUGGACGCCCCGGAGGAAGAGGGUGAACAGGAGGAAGAGUCUAAGAAACAUCAGAUGGUAACAUCAGCAGAGGUCGAGGUAAAUGGAGAUGGAGUUAGCCCUAGUGAGGGAGAAAAUGGAGAGGAGGGAGAUGAUGAAAGAGAGGAGGAAAAGGGGGGUGAGCCAGAUUCAAUCAAAAAGACAGAGGACAUUGACAGAGGUGAAAAUACACAAAGUGAAGUCAAAUCAGCUGAGGCCACCAGUGAGGGAGAGAAGGAAAAACUGGACACAACAGAGAAGCAAGACAGUGAGAUAAAUGAGACAUUAGAAAAAGAUGACACCCCAAAACAUGGCAAAUCCCAACUAGAGGUUCCCAUGAAUGGUGACAUCUCUAAAGAAAGUCCCAUCAAAGAGAGAAAAAAGGUACAUCUGACAGAGCAGAGUGCCCCAACACUGGAGCAGAAACCUGAUCAUAAGGAGCACAGAGAGUCAGACCAACCUCAAGAGGCAGAGAGUGCUGUGACAACACAAGAAGAGGAUCUCCCUGAGCCCACAGAGACAGUCACCCCUAAAGAGGAGACAUCUCCUAAACCGGACCCCACUGUCACCCCUAAAGAGGAGACAUCUCCUAAACCGGACCCCACUGUCACCCCUAAAGAGGAGACAUCUCCUAAACCGGACCCCACUGUCACCCCUAAAGAGGAGACAUCUCCUAAACCGGACCCCACUGUCACCCCUAAAGAGGAGACAUCCCCAAAACCAUUACCGACAGUCGCCCCUAAAGAGGAGACAUCUCCUAAACCGUACCCCACUGUCACCCCUAAAGAGGAGACAUCUCCUAAACCGGACCCCACUGUCACCCCUAAAGAGGAGACAUCUCCUAAACCGGACCCCACUGUCACCCCUAAAGAGGAGACAUCUCCUAAACCGGACCCCACUGUCACCCCUAAAGAGGAGACAUCUCCUAAACCGGACCCCACUGUCACCCCUAAAGAGGAGACAUCUCCUAAACCGGACCCCACUGUCACCCCUAAAGAGGAGACAUCUCCUAAACCAGAACUAGCAGUCACCACUAAAGAAGAAACUUCCCCAAAACCAGAACUAGCAGUCACCACUAAAUUAGAAUCUUCCCCAAAACCAGAACUAGCAGUCACCACUAAAGAAGAAACUUCCCCAAAACCAGAACUAGCAGUCACCACUAAAUUAGAAUCUUCCCCAAAACCAGAACUAGCAUUCACCACUAAAGAAGAAACGUCCCCAGAACCAGAACUAGCAGUCACCGCUAAAUUAGAAACUUCCCCAAAACCAGAUCUAGCAGUCACCCCUAAAAAACAAACUUCCCCAAAUCCAGAACCAACAAUCACCCCUAAAGAAGAAAAUUCCCCAAAACCAGAACUAGCAGUCACCCCUAAAGAACAAACUUCCCCAAAUCCAGAACCAACAAUCACCCCUAAAGAAGAAAAUUCCCCAAAACCAGAACUAGCAGUCACCCCUAAAGAACAAACUUCCCCAAAUCCAGAACCAACAAUCACCCCUAAAGAAGACAAUUCCCCAAAACCAGAACUAGCAGUCACCCCUAAAGAAGAAUCUACCCCAAGACCAGAACCAUCAGUCACCCCUAAAAAUGAAACAUUCCCUAACCCUGACCCCACUGUCACUCCUAAAGAAGAAACAACCUCUCAACCAGGGCCAUCAGUCACUCCUAAAGAGGAGAUACCCCCUAAACUGUACCCCACUGUCAACCCUAAAGAAGAAACUUCCAUUAAACCAGAUCUAGCAGUCACCCCUAAAGAAGAAACUUCCAUUAAACCAGAGCCAGCAGUCACCCCUAAAGAAGAAACUUCCCCAAAACCAGAUCUAGCAGUCACCCCUAAAGAAGAAACUUCCCCAAAACCAGAUCUAGCAGUCACCCCUAAAGUAGAAACCUCCCCAAAACCAGUACUAGCAGUCACACCUAAAGAUGAAACCUCCCCAAAACCAGAACCAGGAGUCAUACCAAAAGUAGAAACUUCCCCAAAACCAGAACUAGCAGUCACCACUAAAGAAGAAACCUCCCCAAAACCAGAACCAGGAGUCAUACCAAAAGUAGAAACUUCUCCAAAACCAGAACUAGCAGUCACCCCUAAAGAAGAAACCUCCCCAAAACCAGUACUAGCAGUCACACCUAAAGUAGAAACCUCACCAAAACCAGUACUAGCAGUCACCCCUAAAGAAGAAACCUCCCCAAAACCAGAACCAGGAGUCAUACCAAAAGUAGAAACUUCCCCAAAACCAGAACUAGCAGUCACCCCUAAAGAAGAAACCUCCCCAAAACCAGUACUAGCAGUCACACCUAAAGAAGAAACCUCCCCAAAACCAGAACCAGGAGUCAUACCAAAAGUAGAAACUUCCCCAAAACCAGAACUAGCAGUCACCCCUAAAGAAGAAACCUCCCCAAAACCAGUACUAGCAGUCACACCUAAAGUAGAAACCUCCCCAAAACCAGUACUAGCAGUCACCCCUAAAGAAGAAACCUCACCAAAACCAGAACCAGGAGUCAUACCAAAAGUAGAAACUUCCCCAAAACCAGAACUAGCAGUCACCCCUAAAGAAGAAACCUCCCCAAAACCAGUACUAGCAGUCACACCUAAAGUAGAAACCUCCCCAAAACCAGUACUAGCAGUCACACCUAAAGAUGAAACUUCCCCAAAACCAGAACUAGCAGCCACCCCUAAAGAAGAAUCUACCCCAAAACCAGAACCAGCAGUCACCCCUAAAAAUGAAACAUCCCCUAACCCAGAUCCCACUGUCACUCCUAAAGAAGAAACAUCCCCGCAACAGGAGCCAACAGUCACCCCUAAAGAGGAGACAAUCCCUAAACCGUAUCCCACUGUCACCACUAAAGAAGAAACAUCCCCUAAACCGUUCCCCACUGUUGCCCCUAAAGAGGAGACAUCCCCUAAACCAGAACGAGCAGUCACCACUAAAGUAGAAACCUCCCCAAAACCAGAACUAGCAGUCACAACCAAAGCAGAAACUUCCCCAAAGCCAGAACCAGCAGUCACACAUAUAGAAGAAACUUCGCCAAAACCAGAACCAGCAGUCACCGCUAAAGUAGAAACUUCCACAAAACCAGAACCAGCAGUCACCCCUAAUGUAGAAACAUUUCCAAAACCAGACCCAACCAUUACCCCUAAAGAGGAAAUAUCCCCUAAACCAGACUCAACUCUCACACCAGAAUUAACGACCACCCCUAAACCAUACUCAACCCUCACCCCAGAAUCAAGUACCACCCCUACAGAAGAGAGUGAAACGAUGGGCAGUGGUGACAAAGCUAAGACAAUCACACCACCAGAAGAACAGAUGCCUGCAGUUGCAGAGAGCAAGGACUCACACAGGGGGGCGCCAGAAAGCAACACAACUCAGGAGAAACCAGAAGAAAGUAUGGACAAAGAGCCUGAGAAGGUUACAGAUCCCAAAGAUGGACCACCAAAGAUAGUUAGCGUGAAGACCAAGGCCUCUGAGUUAAAACCUGAACAUGUGGAGAUAUCUAUUACAAAGAUAUAACCAGUGAAAGAACAGGAUGUAUCAGCCGUGGGUUUGAAAGAUCAGACAGUUGAUGAGAAGAUAACAGAACAGGUGCAAUUUUAAAUAGACUAGAACAGCUUUACAGGAGGCGCAUGGUUAGUGAAAGCCUAUAAAGCGAUAUGAGAACUGCUCCGCCUUAAGAUAUUAACUGACACUUAAUAUGUAAAGUAUCAUGGAUCUGUCAAUCUUAUCUCCAGGGCCGCAACUUUCACUGGGGACGGGACAUGUCCCCCUCCCACAUUCUGAAAUUGUAUUUUUGUCCCCCCCGUUUCAUCAUUGGAAUAUGUUACAAAACGAGGCAGUGGUGUGCUUUUGGACCAUGUGGAUGCCUCCGAGUGGUCGGCUGUUUGGAGUGUUUAUCCGACUGGAUAUGAUUUUCUUUUUUACAAUAAUAAUAACGCUCCCCCACUUCUAAAACCAAAGAUGCGCCCCUGAUUAUGAGGCACAGUUAAUGAACUCCUGCAAGAGAGAUGUACUGUAAUAUUGAAUGUAACAAAU